AUGUCAACUGCUGUCAAAGCCUUGAGUGUGUCCCUGCUGAGUGGUGGGCUGGCUCACUCUACAAUGAAUGUGCUGGAGCUUGUGAAGAUUUUUGCGCUCAUUCUGGUGCUGUCAUGUCCAAUCAAAUGCCAAAACAAAAGGAGGAAAGCUCAGAGAGACAACCAAGUUGUCACAUACAAGGCCAAAUCCUUGGUCUGCCCAGUGGACCUCAUGUUCAUGGUGGACAGUACAGAGAAUGCCCAAACUGUGCUGUUUGAGCAGCAGAAAACAUUCAUCCUGCGCUUCAGCACCAAGCUCAUGCAGCUUCACCCUCCAGGCUGGCGUCUGCGCCUGCGCCUCGCUGCCCUGCAGUACAGCAGCAAAGUAUCAGUAGAGCAUAACUUCAGAGACUGGCAGGACCUGGAUGUCUUCCAGAGUCGGGUGGCCUCAAUGACUUUCAUUGGCCAUGGCUCAUACUCUGCCUAUGCCAUCACCAAUGCCACCAAGGUAUUCAGGCAGGAGACGUCCCCCAGUAGUCUCAGGGUGGCGCUGCUCAUGACGGACGGAAGAGACCACCCACGCAGCCCCAGUGCCAUCACAGCGGCUGCAGAGGCCAAACAGCACAACAUGAGGGUGUUCACCGUCAGGCUGUCUGCUCUACCCAACCCAGAUGCCAUGGGAACACAGCUACGAUCCAUUGCCAGUGCCCCCCCACAGCAGCAUGUGCUUAGUCUCUCUGACAGCCAGCUUGAUGAAAAACUCUUCAGUGAAAUAAAUACAGUUGUUACGACAGGGUGCCCACAGCCGAAGAACUGUAGGUGUGAGAAGGGGGAGAGGGGUCGCCCUGGCAGUCUAGGGAAACCAGGUAAGACAGGGUUGGAUGGUGCUCCUGGUCCAAAGGGAUCUCAGGGUGAACCUGGUACUAAUGGACGUCCAGGAAUGGCGGGCCUUGAGGGGAGACCUGGCAGGAAAGGUGAACAGGGGGAACAAGGCGAAUUUGGAGCUUUUGGUGCAAAAGGAAGAAAAGGUGUGGCUGGACCUGCUGGAUUAGAAGGCCGUAAAGGAGAGGAGGGAGACAGGGGGCCACCAGGAGACCCGGGGCCAGAGGGACCAUCAGGGCCUAAAGGCGAUCCAGGAACAAGGGGGGCACCUGGACCCCCAGGAGAAAACGGUGUUGGCUCCCUGGGUCCCAAGGGUGACAAGGGAAGCCAAGGAAGACCAGGUCCACUUGGUCCGAUGGGUUCUGGUGAGCUGGGAAGUCAGGGUCCGACGGGGCCUAUAGGAAUACAAGGGCCUCGUGGUUUCCCUGGUGACGGUCCAGUAGGACCAAAGGGUGACAGAGGGUUUGAAGGCCCCAAAGGCAGCCUGGGACCCCCUGGACAUGGGCACAAAGGUGAUAAGGGAGACGCAGGCGCACCUGGGGUUCCGGGUUUGACCGGGGUGCUGGGUGCAGGGGUCCAAGGAGAAAAGGGGGAACAAGGACCCAUUGGCCCCUCUGGUCCUAGAGGACUUCCAGGGCUGGCAACAGCUGGGUCAAAGGGUGACCAAGGUUUUCCUGGAGAGCCAGGUCAUCAAGGAGAAAGAGGCACAGGUGAACCAGGGCCCAAGGGUCAGACGGGACCUGAUGGGGCCCCUGGGAUACCCGGCAUUCCUGGUGAAGAUGGAAUCGAAGGGCCUAAGGGAGAGAAGGGUUUGCCAGGACCUCAAGGCCCAGAGGGAGCACCAGGAAGAGGCACAUCUGGAGAAAAGGGUGAUAGAGGUGACCGAGGUUCCAGGGGACUGUCAGGCUCUCCUGGCCCCGUUGGACCUGCUGGAGCUAAGGGAGAGCCUGGCAGCUCAGGAAUGACAGGCCUAUCUGGACCUCCUGGACAGAGCUUCCCAGGAACAAAGGGAGAGCCGGGCCCUGUGGGACCAUCGGGACCUGUUGGAGAGCCUGGAGUGGGAAUAAUUGGACCCAAAGGAAACAAAGGUAGUGUUGGACCUGUUGGGCCACCGGGGCCAAAGGAAGACUCUGUGCCUGGACCUCGGGGUUUGCCAGGUUUGACUGGACUACGAGGAGAAAUGGGGCCUGAAGGAAAAGGAUUACCGGGAGCAACGGGUGACAGAGGCUUAUCGGGUGCACCAGGACCACCAGGACCUCCUGGAACUGGACUUCCUGGGCCAAAGGGUUCUACAGGACAGCCUGGCCCACCUGGCAUGCAUGGGCCUCCAGGAGAAGGACUACCUGGACUAAAGGGAGAGCCUGGUUUUCAAGGUCCAACGGGACCAAGAGGGCUUCCAGGAGCGGAUCUCUCAGGACAGAAGGGUAGUCAAGGAUCUCCUGGACAUGUGGGGAAAAAGGGAGACACGGGGGACCUUGGACCACCUGGCUCUCCUGGAAAACCGGGGAGACCUGGAGAAAAAGGAGAGCCAGGACUUGCGAGAGAUGAAGUCAUCCAGAUCAUAAAGGAAAUAUUUGGAUGUGGCGUCAUGUGCAGAGAGAUUCCACUAGAUCUGGUAUUUGUGAUUGACAGCUCUGAGAGCGUGGGGCCAGAAAACUUUGAGGUGGUUAAGGACUUUGUGAACGCGAUUAUUGACCAGUUCACUGUGAGCCAGGAGGCCAGCCGCGUUGGGGUGGUGCUCUACAGCCAUCUGAGCACGGUGGUGGUCGGCCUGCAGCAGCAGCCCAGCAGGGAGGAGAUCCAGGCUUCUGUCAGAGCCAUGCCCUACCUGGGCGAGGGCACCUUCACCGGCAGCGCCAUGCUCCAAGCCAGGAAGGUGUUCAGAGACUCUCGACGCCAUGUGAGGAAAGUGGCUGUUGUUUUAACGGAUGUUCAGUCAGAUCAGAGUGAUCUGGUGCAGUUUAAAGAGACGGCCUCAGAAGGCCAUGCAGAGGGGAUUGAGGUGUUGAUCAUAGGUGUGGUGAACAAGACUGAUCCUCUUUAUGAAGAGUUCCUGAGUCAGAUGAAGACUGUCGCCUCUGAUCCUAAAGAAGAACAUGUCUACAUUAUUGAUGACUUCCUAUUGCUGCCUGUUCUGGAGAAUAAUAUUCUGAAGCAGAUUUGUGAUCGAGAUGCAACGGCACCAUUUAGACCAAAAUCAUUGUUUUCAUCUGUGGAAACCCAUCCGAACGGACCAGAAGACGGCGAGUCUAAAAAGAUCCCAGAAGCAAAAAACACAAGGCCACCUGCUCCACAGCCCACUGAGUCACUGUGGCCUCAUGAGAACCAGUUUGACUCUGAGGUGACGGUGGAGCCGUCCAACAAGCAGCCAGAUCUAUCAUCUAUGCCUCAUGGUGAGAAGAGAGAGCCGGGCCCAGGGCAGAACUCUGUGGUGCAGUGGCAGAGUCCGACUGACUGGCCAGGUGAGGUGGAGAGCUUUCAUACAACCUUUGGCCCUCCACCACCAACUCUGACUGAGACACCUGUAUCAGGUGGGGGGUGCAGCCAGCCUCUUGAACCCGGUCCGUGUCGGCAGUACAGGAUCAGGUGGUACUACGACCCGGAGGCCAACGCCUGUGCACAGUUCUGGUAUGGCGGUUGUCAGGGCAACACAAACAACUUUGAGAAUGAAGCUAACUGCCGGAAUACCUGCGUCUACCUGUAACAGACUGUGUGGUGGAAGGUUGGGCGUGGUGCCCAGCAGAUUCCAUCAGUUUCGAUAUCAGCAACGUGAAAGAGCAGUGCCUGAAGCAAUACCCUCUGACUGCUGAGGGUAACAUGUUGCUGCUGUCUGAAAUCGGAUUUCAUUGAACUUUCUUUGUUCCUUUCUGUCAUGGCUGUUAACUGACUGUUGGUUUGAAAAACUGGUUCUUCUAUAGGCUCGUAACAUGGCCCAUUUUCACAACUGUAAUGGGAAAAAAAAUUAUUAUAUAAUUAUAAGAUACAAGUAGCUAUCUCAUAGUUAUGACUUAGCUAUUAAUUAUGAGAGUUAAGUGAACCUUAACUCUCAUAACAUUUGUGUUUAAGCACAAGUUUGUAUUUUGUUUUUCAUCAGUCAUGGAGCUGGCCUUCAUACAACCUGUAGAUUCAGCUUGUUUUGGUCUCAACUUCUACCUGCUAUUCAGGCUAACAUAAAACUUUGUUCAGGUUCUAAAGCUUCACUAGUUUACCACUAAUGGUGCUGAGUUAAGCCGGGUCAGUAAGUUACAAGACAUUUCACUGAAUUCCAAUUAUAUUUAUAAAGCACAAAUUCAGGACUAGACAUCUCAGGAAUGUUACACGGAAAGAAAAUCUGUUGAAUUCUUGUCAAGUUAAACACAAAGUAAUUCAUUUUAACCUUCAUCUUUAUCUGUCUUUGGUCUAGUUCAAACAGAACUUUUUUAUGUAAUGCCAGCUUGCAAAAAUGUGUAGAACAAAGAAAACCAACAUAUUAGAUCAGGUAUACAGGAAUUUCAUAAAAUAUAAAUAAAAUAAGUCAAUGGCCAUUUUUGUGUAACUGAAUGACAAAAAGAUUUUAAAUAAGGCCAUGCUGACAAUAGCAGCUUGGACACAGACAUGUUUCCCUGAAAGCUGAAGUCUUUAACAUUCUGUCAGUUACAGACACAAACCUUGUUGUGUUUGAUCAGCAUUUCAUGAAAUAGACCAACACAAAGUAGUGCAUUAUUUAGAAGUCUUGAUUGCAGUUUUCCACAAGUCAUAAAGGCGACACAACAAAAUUUGUUCUAUGGAACCAAAAUGCUAAAUGUGGUGGGAAACUGUGUGAUUAUGGACUGCCUUAGCCCAAAAAAAUCAUCAUACUGGCAAAAAAAAAAACCCUCCUGGGCUGCAGAUUAGAUCUCUGGUCUUUGAUUGUUAGUGUGACAGACUCACUGAUUCAGCAACAAAGACAACUGUCUAGUCAGAGCUUGUCUGGGUAAGUGUGACAGCUACUGGAAAAGAAAUCCAAUGAACUUCUUUCUGUUACCCUUUUCUUCUCUUUACUUUACUUUCCUUUUCUUUUCUUUUCUUUUCAAUAUCCAACGCUAAUAAUAAGCAUAUUAAUCAAAGACUGAUAUGUCUAUCCAAUAUGUUGCAUAUGCAACAAGUCGUACCAAGAAUGGCCAAGUCAAAGUCUGGACUUUAAUCUGAGAUUCUGAGAAUCUCAGAUUAAUUUCCUCGAGAAAUUUGACAUUUA